AACUCGAUGGGAGUGGGUGCAAGACCUACAGCAACAAUGGGAAGCUUUGGGUGUUUGGACCCAAGUGGAAGGUGCUUGCCGAGGGAGAACGCAAGCAAGGCUUGUAUGAGAUGCGGGUGAUGGAAAAGCCAAUACCGGAAGCUAAGGUUACAUACCUUGACGAACCCGAGGAAGGGAAGAAAGCAAGGGAGGAGCUUCUUUCAAUGAUGGAAGAAGCAUAUGGGCAUGAGUGGCAGCAACAAACACUCAUGGUAGCGGCAAAACCGAAGUCGGUCGACCUCAACACCAUGCAUCGAAAGAUGGCGCAUGCAAGCUCUUCUCGGAUCAAGGAACUCUUCAAGAAGAAGAUGGUCACGGGAGUGGAGCUGGUUGAAGGCAAUGGCGUGGAGGUGUCGACGUGCACUUCAUGUGUGGAGGGGAAGAACAAGAAGAUCCCUCACCCAAAGCAUGGUGCUAAGGUGGAGCCAUAUGAGGCGAUGGAGAUUGUCACGGCGGAUGUGUGUGGACCCAUGAAGGUUCCAUCUCGGCACGGGAGCAAGUACUUCGUAACCUUCACCGACAUAGGCACGAGGAACACGUGGGUCUCGGAGAUCAAGGACAAGACCUAAGUCCUUGAGUGCUUCAAGGAAUGGCUAGCGGAAGCGGAGCGGCAAAGUGGCAAGCUUCUCAAGGUCCUUCGAACCGACAAAGGCGGAGAGUUCGUCAACAAGGCAUUCGAUGCCUUCCUUCGUGAAAAAGGGAUCCGACGCCAACUCACCAUUCCCUACACACCCCAACACAAUAGCAUUGCGGAGCGGGUCAAUCGCACACUACUCGAGGGCAUGAGGAGCAUGCUUGCCGAGAAAGCACUUUCGGGGCCAUAUCACAAGGAGUGGAGGAAAGCCAUUCA